ACUUCAGGGUGGCGUAGAACUCAAAAAUUGUAUACAAAAUCCUAUUCGUUCGAUCAUUAUCUGACAAAUAUAUCUAAGGAUUGGACCAGCCACCUCGGAGAUCAUAAACUGAUAUCGAAGAAGAUCGUGUGAUAAUUUGAAGUCGAUCGGUCCAGCCGUUUAAGAAAAAUUUUGCUCAUUGGCUCUGAAAACAAUGUUUCGCGAAAACCCGUUUAAAGUUUUGAGCGCCAAUAACAACAAGGAAACAAAUACGCUCGUAUUUCCCAAACUAUUUCCCGGAUCACAUUCAUAUUUCCGCGAAAAAAAACAACAAACCCGUCACAUAAUCAUCACAGCUGAUUAGUCUCUCAGCAAGACAAAGUGCUAAUUAUUGAUAAGAAAUAGUUGCUGUGUCUGAUUUCGUAUUUGAUUUGUCUAUUCAGAUCUUAGUCGCAACAACAACAUGACAUCUUUGACUUUCUUCAGCCUACCAACACGCACGAUCAAUAAUGCACAGUGGCGUUGUUCCUCAUCUGUACUUAUCAAAUAUUUACGUGGCAAUGUACAAGACGAUACGUCUAAUCAGCUGGCCACAGCUGUGUUCACCAGAAAGUUCAAUAGCUUAACUGCAAGCGGUAAAAUGUUUUGUGGAAAACUAAAUCAGCUGACAUCUGUGUCGGUGGCUGCGGAAAAUGUUUAUAAUGAUAACCGUCGCAUUUCUCACCGAAAAAUGUCGAGUGUUCAGCAACCCAAAUUGGUGGCGGUCGCCGAGUCCAAACGGUUCAUGACCGACUGCUUCUUGGCCGUCAACGUGCCCAAGGAUCAUGCCGAGGCCAUGGCUGAUCUGCUGGUUGGAGCCGAUUACCGUGGUCACUUCAGUCACGGCAUGAACCGUCUCGAAAUGUAUAUUAACGAUUUGGCAAUCAACUCGACCGAUGGUGGUGCCAUACCCGAAAUCCUAAAGGAAACUCCCUCCACUGCGUGGGUGGAUGGCCGCAAUGGUUUGGGCGUAGUUGUGGGUAAUUUCUGCAUGGAUUUGGCUAUUAAGAAAGCGAAAGCAGUUGGUGUCGGUUGGGUAUGUGCCAAGGGCUCGAAUCACUAUGGCAUCGCCUCGUGGUAUGUGCUGCGUGCACUGAAGGAGGGUUUAAUGGGCAUUACCACAACGAACACAUCACCGCUGAUGGCGCCAACACGCUCAAAGGAGGCUGCCUUAGGCACGAAUCCAAUAUCAUUCGGUGCACCCGCUAAGGAUGAUAAAUUCCUAUUGGAUAUGGCUACCACUGCGGUUGCGGUGGGCAAGAUCGAAAUACAACGUCGCAAAGGUGAUCCCCUGCCCGAUGGUUGGGCGCAAGAUCCAACAGGCAACCAAACCAACGACGCUGAACUGGCUUUCAGCACAGGCUGUUUAAUGCCGCUCGGUGGCCCGGAAAUCUCCUCCGGUUACAAGGGUUACGGUCUCGGCGCUAUGGUGGAUGUACUCUCUGGUGUCUCGGCGGGUGCCAACUACUCGACGAAGGUGCGCAAGUGGACGCAUGCGGGCGCAAAUACAGCGGCCGAUUUGGGUCAAGUGUUCAUUGCUGUGGAUCCCAAUUGCUUCGCGCCUGGUUUUGAAGAUCGUAUGACUGACUUCAACGGCCGUCUGCGUGGCUGCGAACCGACCGACCCCUCCAAGCCCGUUUUGGUUGCUGGUGACAAAGAGGACUUGAAUAUGAAAGCGGUGGACAAGGCUGGCGGCAUCCAGUACUUGGAAAAUCAACUAAAGACUUGUGCGGCUUUAGCCGAACGCUUAAAUAUUAAACCGUUAAGCUUUAAUUAAGUAGCAAAAGACAAACAUACAUAUAUACGUUAUGGCUUUACAAUCUUUGCAUUUUAUAUACAUAUGUAUCUGUAAUUGCAUUUGCUGUAUAAUCUAAGCCGGUCUAACUGGCAGCAAGUACACAUAACGGUACAGUGUACGUAUGUUAGUGCUAACAUAUCCAUGAUGUGCCUAUUGAUUAUAAAAUUUAAGAUGUAAAUUAUUACUUUUUUGUUAUUGCAUUUUUAAGCGCAUUUCACUUAUAUAUAAAUCGUAUUUUUUUUUUAAUUCUAACAAAGAACCAAAGUAAUAUAAAAAAUUUUACAAAAAACAAA